CAGGGAAAGCACUCGGAUAAGCAAAGGCCACAGGCAUUUUGAAUUCCCGAAGCUUUGAGCAAAGAGAAAAGCAGUGUCACACUUACAAAAGAGAAAGCUGAAGAAUACACGGUAUACACCACAAGAAGAAAAGCAGUAAAGAGAGAGAGAGAGCUGCAGCAGCAGUGAGUGCAACACAGAGAGGAGAGAGAAGAGAGGAUCAUGUAUAGGUUCAGCAACACAGUGAUCGGCUUCUUGAACUUGUUCACUCUCUUGGCGUCGAUACCCAUCAUCGGGGGAGGGCUAUGGAUGGCAAGGAGCAGCACAACAUGUGAAAGCUUUCUGCAAACACCACUUCUGGUGGUUGGUUUUGUGGUUUUGAUAAUAUCUCUUGCAGGCUUCAUUGGUGCCUGCUUUAACGUUGCAUGGGCACUCUGGUUGUACUUGGUGGUCAUGUUAUUCCUCAUUGGGACCUUACUGGGCUUAACCAUAUUUGGCUUCGUCGUCACCAGCCAAGGCGGCGGCGUGGAAGUUCCCGGUAGGGUUUAUAAGGAGUACCAGCUGGAGAAGUAUUCUUCAUGGUUGAAGAGCCGAAUCAAGGAUCCCCAUUACUGGAGCACCAUCAGGAGCUGCAUAUUGGGUUCAAACACUUGUGCCCAGAUUGCUUUUUGGACUCCUCUCGAUUAUCUGGAGAGGGACAUGACUCCUAUUCAGUCGGGUUGUUGCAAGCCACCAACAUCAUGCAACUAUGCCACGGCAACGAUGAUGACCCAAGACGCGGACUGCUACCGAUGGAACAACGCCCCGAAUUUGCUGUGCUACGAGUGCGAUUCGUGCAAGGCCGGGGUGCUGGAACACAUAAGAAGAGAUUGGCACAAGCUCUCAGUUCUCAACAUUGUGAUGCUGGUCUUGCUCAUUGGCAUCUACUCAAUUGGAUGCUGUGCUUUCAGAAACACAAGAAGAUCCGAAACCGAUUACCCACACGGCGAAAACCGGAUGUCCAAAGUCCGACCCAGAUGGGAUUUCUACUGGUGGAGAUGGUGGUACGACAGAAAAAACCAGCUUUACUAGGCAAGAGGCAGAAGUGCUUUUAUCUGUAUGUUUUACUGCGUGUGGAGGAUGGGCAAUUGGGACAUGGGCCUUUCUUUCUUUCUUGAUGUAUACACUGUAAUAUUCAUGCCUGCUUUUUCUUUAUUUCAAAGCAUAAAACACUGACUUUUCCCUUUGGCAAUUUACUACUGGCUUUUGACU